AUGUCUCUAACAAUCCCAAAAAGGCUCCCGGAAAACGCUGCCCUACCUGCCAGAGCAAGGGCCAAGAAGUCUGGGUCUUGCCAGGACGUGACUGUCCGUACUGCGGAACUUAUGUCGCCUGAGCCGAAUAACCUCAAGCAUGGGCCGACGGCGGGGCUCUGUUCUGCGCAACGACCAUCGCAAUAUCAUUUCUCAAUUCCUUUCUCUGCAUGUUCCAAAGAGCAUGACGAAUCGAUCUUGACCCUGUCCUGGUCGACCGCAUAG